AUGUCUACCCCAAUCCGCACAGCUCUCAAAGUUGAUCUUAACUCCCCCGCCGAUAAGCAACCAUACCUACACAACCGAUGGCAUCCCGAUGUCCCCUUUUGCGGUUCAAUUGAGGAUGGCGAGACAGUCAAAAUCGAAUGUCUUGACUGGACCGGCGGCCAGAUUAAAAAUAAUGAUUCGGCAGACGAUAUCUUGAAUGUGGAUCUCACCAAGAUUCAUUAUUUGUCAGGACCCUUUGAGAUCAAAGGCGCAGAACCGGGAGACGUGCUCCGCGUCGAGAUCCAGGAUGUUCAGCCUUUUGAAGAACAGCCUUGGGGGUUUACAGGCGUCUUCCACAAGGACAAUGGCGGUGGGUUUCUGGAUGAAAUUUAUCCCGAUGCGGCCAAAGCUAUCUGGGACUUUGAGGGAAUACACUGCACAUCCAGACACAUUCCUGGCGUGAAAUUCGCAGGACUCAUUCAUCCGGGCAUUUUAGGCUGCGCUCCAUCGGCGGAGAUUUUGGCUGAAUGGAAUCGCCGUGAAGCCGAAUUGAUCCAAGAGAAAUCUGGUUCCUCACGCACCGUGGCAAACCCUCCACUAAUCACCAAUUCUCAUCCUGGAUCUGCUGAUCCUGCUACUGCUGAGAGAAUUGCAGCAGAGGGUGCACGCACAAUUCCCGGAAGACCAGAGCACGGCGGCAAUUGUGAUAUUAAAAAUUUGUCACGGGGCAGCAAGGUAUACCUGCCAGUUCAUGUUCCUGGGGCAAAGUUCAGUGUUGGCGAUCUCCACUUCUCGCAGGGAGAUGGCGAAAUUUCAUUUUGCGGUGCCAUUGAAAUGGCCGGCGUGAUCACAAUCAAGUUUACCGUGCUCAAGAACGGCCAAGAGCAACUUGGCAUGGUCAAUGGACGAUCUCCAAUCUUUAUCCCUGGCCCUGUGCAGCCCCAAUUCGGGCCCGGCCGAAUGCUGUAUUUUGAGGGCUUCUCCGUCGAUGAAAACGGGAAACAGCAUUUUCUAGACGCAACAAUAGCUUAUCGCCAAAGCUGCCUUCGAGUUAUCGAGUAUUUAAAGCGAUAUGGCUAUGAUGACUAUCAGAUUUAUCUUCUUCUGAGUGCCGCUCCGGUUGAAGGCCAUAUUGCAGGUAUUGUGGACAUUCCGAACGCCUGCACUACCAUUGGUUUACCUAUGGACAUCUUCGAGAUGGAUAUUAGGCCAGAGACCCUAGCUAAAAGGAUUGACAUGCGCCUGGCUCCUGUGUCAAGAAAAUAA